GGGAAGGGCGGGGGGCGGCGCCGCCACUGGGCUGUGAGAGGUGGACGGGGCGCGGCGGCCGCCCAGAUCUCUGGCGGCGGGCAACGGAGAGGGAACAUGGCGAGCGUAGGAAACGGCACGGAGGAGAGCGGCGGCGGCGGCGAGGAGGAAAACUUUGAAGAUGCCUAUGAAAACAUCCCCGUGGCAUCCAAGAUGGAUCUCAAGUGUGCUCUGGAAGAAUGUUCAAUGGCAUUGAACUUAUUUCUUAACAAUAAGUUCUCUGAAGCACUGGAACUACUUCGUCCAUGGUCCAAAGAUAGUAUGUACCAUGCACUUGGGUACAGCACUAUUUUAGUUAUGCAAGCUGCUAUGACCUUUGAACAACAGGAUAUACAAAUGGGGAUUUCUACAAUGAAGGAAGCUUUGCAAACCUGCCAAAGAUUCAGGAAGAGAAACACAGUAGUGGAAUCCUUGUCCAGUCUAGUUUCAAAACAGACAGUGGAUCAGUUGAGUGAAGAGGAAAUGCAUGCGGAAAUCUGCUAUGCUGAAUGCUUAUUACAGAAAGCAGCUCUCACCUUCGUGCAGGAUGAAAAUAUGAUCAGUUUUAUCAAAGGUGGCCUCAAAAUUAGGACRAGUUAUCGAAUAUACAAAGAAUGUCAUCAGGUGCUACAGAUGACUCAGGGGAACAAAAGCAAAAUUGAAACUUACUACCAGUUUGAAGGAGGAGUAAAGCUUGGAAUUGGAGCAUUCAACUUGAUGCUGUCACUUUUACCAGGAAGGAUCCUCCGACUUUUAGAAUUUAUUGGAUUUUCUGGCAAUAGGGAGUUGGGCCUCUGCCAACUACGGGAAGGCGCAUCUGGCAGCAGUUUGAGGGCCAUUCUGUGUACUUUCACCCUGUUGGUUUAUCAUACUUACGUCUCCUUAAUCCUUGGUACAGGGGAAGCCAACCUUCAGGAAGCAGACAGUCUCCUUGAACCCUACCUCCAGAAAUUUCCAAAUGGUUCCAUUAUUCUGUUUUAUGCUGCCAGAAUAGAUAUACUGAAAGGAAAUUUUGAAAAGGCACAGUUGAGGUUCCAAGACUGCAUAGCAGCCCAGCAAGAGUGGAAACAGAUCCAUCAUCUCUGUUACUGGGAACUGAUGUGGUGCUACACCUUCCAGCAGGAUUGGCUUCAAGCAUAUCGGUAUGCAGACCUGCUCAGCAAAGAGAGCAGGUGGUCUAAGGCAAUAUAUGUGUUCCAGAAGGCAGCAAUUCUGUGUAUGCUUUCAGAGGAUGACUUGAAGAGGACGGGUGAGGACAUAGUGUCUUUAUUCAGACAAGUGGAUGGUCUGAAACAGAGAAUUGCAGGAAAAUCUAUCCCAACUGAGAAGUUUGCAGUAAGGAAAGCUCGACGCUACGCUUGUCCUCAACCAGUGAAGUUGAUAUUACCUGCCUUGGAAAUGAUGUAUGUCUGGAACGGAUUUGCRAUUGUGGGCAAAAGAGCAGACCUCACUGAAAACUUACUGGUAACAAUUGAAAAAGAAGAAGSUGCUCUACAAAAUGAAACUAAUCACAAUGAAUAUUAUGUGGAUGAUAUGUGCAUGUUGCAGCUACUGAAAGGCCUCUGCCUGAAACACUUGGGAAGACUCAUGCAAGCUGAGCUAUGUUUCAGUAAAGUAAUUCAAAGUGAGAAGCAAAUAAAAUAUGACAGUUACUUGGUGCCAUUCACCCUGUAUGAAUUGGGUCUUCUGUACAAACAACAAGAUGACAGAGAAAAAGCAAUAAGAUACAUAGAAACUGCAAAAAACAACUACAAAGAAUACUCUAUGGAGUCCAGGUUGCACUUCAGAAUUCAUGCAGCMCUUGACAGCUUGAAGGUGUCACCUGCUUCAACACCUUGAGUGAGGAGGGAUGCUUUUCAUGCAUAUAAUAAAUAGCCUACACAAUCUUUUUGCAAUCUUUUUUUAAUCAUAGAAAAGAACAUGAAUGAUUGUUUUCUGUCACUUCUGAUUUGACAUAUGUCAUUCCUUUAGACUGUUCUUUUUCUGUAUAGCGCCUAUACUGUAUCUAUGUGCUACUUCAAAGAAGACCUUAUAUUUUGUUUGAUAAAAAUAAUUUAAUAUUUGACUUGAAUGGGGGAUAUUUUUAAAAUAAAAGUUGAUGGUGCAAUAAAGUUUAAUGAAAACACUUUAUUUUUUUUAUAUGAGAACAGAUGCUGGUUAUGCAGUGGAACUGGUGAUAAUUCUGCAUUUUUUGAAAGUUUGAUUUUCUGCAGUACACUUGAGACUUUUUUGCCUCUGGAACAAAAAUGCAAUGUCUGCAGAUAAUGUUUGGCAUACCGUACUCUGAAAUUUGUGUUCCAGAGGAAAGAAUCAGUCAUUUUGGGCUUAAUUUUUUUUGGGAACAAAAUGAACCUGUCUGAAGUGCAAUAUUUUUACACUGUCAGAUAAGCUAAGCAGGGCUUCAGAUGAAGCUAAGCAGGGCUACAGUUAAAAUGUCUUUGCAGGUCURUGUCACUCAAAAUAAGUGUUUGUGGGGGAUAUUUUUCAGUUGCAGAAAAGCAGAGCUACAAAGGACAUUAAGAGAUCAUUCUGUGUCCUUGUUAUAAAGUAGAAGCAGCAGUCUUAAGUUGAUCUUGACAGAUUUGUUUAACCUGUUUAACAAAAAAAAAAGAAGCUUGCAGUAAGAACGUUCAUUUUGGAAC